CACUGCAUGAUGCGGCGAGACGUCCACCUCUCUGAUGGAGUGUCUGUGUCUACGGCUAUGGCUACGUCGUAGACAUUGUCUAUCGUCUAAAUCCCGGGCGGGAUCGCAUUUCGUCAAAGUCGAGAUCCUGGGGAGUGGGACGUCUCAUCGUCGUAUCGUACGACAUAUGUCGUCGCUUGUACUAAGUCAAGCUGAUCAGGCACAGACGCAUCCAAAAUUCUGAAUAGUAACGGUUAUAAUUUUUCGGGCAUAUGAUACAACUGUAGAAAAGUAUUAUCACCGCGCAGUAGAAACGCACCAAGAUCAACCAAGACGCACGUUUGGAUAUUGAAAUUCCAUCGAGCAUCAUCGCCGGGAAGAGGGAAAGCGAGAGACCAAAAAAGAAAAGUUCGCGAGGACGCCGUUCUCGCAGCGCUUCCAUGUCUUUCCGAAGUCACUUCCGAUCCCAGUGAAGUGGCGCCAAGGACUAUGUUCUGUGAUAAACUGUGGUAGGUUAGGCACAAAUUGGCUCGAGAUAUCUAGUCGAGAUUUUGACUGUGCACUUUCGCAAAUGAAGAUGAGCGGGGAUAUGUUCGAGGGGAAGGAUUAUCCGACUCAGUGGGCGCUCAAUCCUUCCGCUUAUCAAAACAUGAGUAACGAUCAAGUGGAUUGGGCUGCUCUGGCGCAGCAAUGGAUAAAGAUGAAGGAAACUGUCGUGCCACCAGCUCCACCACCACCCAGCAUAAAUCCUGUAUGUGCGAAUGAUAGUGGAGAGGCACCAAUGGACAUGGAUACUAAGGACGAUGAUGUGCCUCCAGCACCACCUGCACCGACCAUCAGUGGAUCCGAAGCCUGGACUCAGUGGAACCAAUGGGGUCACUGGAACGCCUCAACAUCUGGAACCGGGAAUUGGGAAUGGAGUGGCGUUCCUCCCCCGGGUGUUACCGUAGAUCCCGAUGGCAAACCAAUUGGACUUCCAGCUGUACCGGUUAUUCCACCUGCACCAACGAUAUCUACCACUACUGAUUUCAACACACCUCCCCCUGCGCCGUCGCUGUACUCGUAUAAUUCGGUGCCACCUGGACAACCAUAUAAUCAGGUUUCUAACUAUUGGUCUGGUGAGCCACCUAAUGCAAUAUCACCACAGCCGCUUCCUUUUAUGAAGGGCAUGAGGCAUACAAGUAGAGGACCUCACAUGAGAGCGAUGGAUUCUAUUCGUGGUCGAGAUGACAGAGAAAAGACACCGGAGGAAGAUACUACUACAACUAUAGACGCCGCAAAACGAAGACAGUUGCCGGCAUGGAUCCGCGAAGGUCUGGAAAAAAUGGAAAAGGAGAAACAGAAAGCCAUGGAGAAAGAAAGGCUAGAGAUACUGAGAAAGCAGGAAUUGGAAGCUCGCAAGCAAGCAGAGGAUGAGGCGCGUGCAGUGCUCAAUCCGAGCAAGAGUAAAUUUGAUUCGGAUUCGGAAAAGGAAAUUGAGCAGGAUUUCGAUACGAGUAAUACACGCGGACAACAAUCUGUGGAAAAGAGCUACGAUCGCACCCCGGAUAUCAUUGUUCGGCCACGAAAAUCACGAUUCAGGGACGCUGAUUCACCCGAGUCUCAUACGGGACCCGAUGAGAGUCCGACUGCUGCGGUUAGUAUGGUUCCGAUUGUGCAGAAACGGUCUCGAGAAGAAAUUUUACAGGAUGUGAUGUUGAAAGUGAGGAGAUCAUUGACGGAAAUACUUCUGGAAGUGACGAACGAAGAAAUUGGUGCGGUAUGCAGGGAGGUUUGGAGCCGCGCACGUGCCAAAGUCCCUGCAGGAGAGACCCCCGUCGCAUCCCUCAACAUGGCCCCUCUUGCUCAGAUCACUCACGAAUCACUCGGUCUGAGCAUCUAUAACGACAGUAACAGCGAAUCCGAGGAGGAACAGAGUGAACACGCGCAGAUUCAGAAUGAUGAUAGCGAUGAAGAGUUGAAGGAAACACUGAGACGACGACAGCAGGCAUUUCGCAAGACGGAGGAGGAGAUCGAGGCACGGCUCGCUGAGGAAGAGGAGGAGGAGGAGCAGCGUAGCGAAGAGCAGUACAGUAAUAAGCAACAGGAAAAUCAUACCGGUAAUACUAGCUGCCGAGAGUCAGUUGAUGAAAAAGAAACGGUAGAUAAUCAGAGAGAAGCGUCCGAGACUUUGUCGAGCGGCGGUCAAAGCCCAACAGCGGCGGUGCCGCAGAACGCGCCGGCGGCCGACGGCCAGCAGGUAGCGAAGCCGAGCAGCAUCGUAUCGGGAUCCGCCGAUUCAGAGUCGAGCAGCACCGAGUCCACGAGCAGCUUGUCUGAGUCGAGCCGCGAAUCCGCGCCCAAGAAGCAUCACGAGAAAGCGCGCAAACAACAGUCGCAGCAGCAACAGCAUAAACAGCGUUACAAUCGACGGCGGAAGUCUAAGAGCAGGAGCAAGUCACGAAGUGGUAGACGGUCCACCAGAUCGUCGCGCUCAUCUGAACGUGGCGGCGGUGGCGGCGGCGGUGGCGGCGGCGGCGGUGGCGGUGGUGGCGGCGGGAGGGGGGACUAUCGCUCGCGAUCCUCCAGCGGUCACAGAUCCAGCAGAAAGCGUCGCACGCGGUCGCGCGACAGGAAACGUGUGAGAUCACGUUCGCGCAGCUACCGUCGUUCCAGAUCGACGUCCACCAACAGAAAGUGGUCUUCGCGGUCGCAUUCUCGUAGAUGGAAAUCGCGUUCACAUUCCAGAGAAAGGCGACGAGGUAGUCGGUCGCGCAGCAAGUCGCGCGGAACUAAACGCGGAAGAUCGCGCUCGAGAACGCGCAGCCGCUCGCGGGAUCACAGACGGUCAAGAUCCUACGUUUCUGGGAGGAGCCAACGACGGGGCAGUCGAUCCAGAUCACGAGACCGAAGUAGAAAGUCACGGUCCAAGUCGAGCUAUCGUGAUGGUAAGAAGUCAUCGCAUCGAUACAGGAAUUGAGGUCAGGAUCCGCUCCUAGCCAAGCAUCUUCUACUGGCUUCUACUGGACUUCAACGUUUUACUAUGAUUCGGUUCGUCAACAUAAACAGCAUUGUGGUACAGUUGCAAUUUUGAAUACGCGUUCUCAAUCUUUUAUCUCAGAUAGUAUAUUAAAGUCAUAAUACUAAAUAGUAGGUACUGAGUAGGUACUGAGUAAUAAAUAGUAGGUACUGAUAGCUUUAUGUUAUAGACUCUAAUAUUACUUGCUCUAAUGUACAAAAGUCUAUCUUUCUUUCCUAAAAAAAGGAACACGUAAUCAAAAUUUAUACGAUUACGAGAAAGACGAACGUGAAAUAAAAUU